UCCGUCCUAACUCCAGCACAGGUAGGCUCCAGUUCAUUUUCAAGCAUCAUGGCUUCUAUGCACAAACUGGAAGAGCUGAAUCUCACCCAUGAUGAAAUCGACCGCUUCAGCCAGGCGAUGAAGAGCGAGGAGUUUCGGAAACUGCUCCGUGAGUACGCGGAGGAGAUCUCGAACCCCGAAAACAGGAAAAAGUACGAGGAGGAGAUCCGGCUGUUGGAGCAGGAGCGUGGGGUGGACGCUCGCUUUGUGCACCCUCACGGUAAUCAUGUCCUCCGGACUACGCAGGAUGGGAAGCAGAGGUGCUUUAUUAACGUUUGUAGUAACGAACUAAUGGGCAAGCCCAGCAGCAGCGCCACGAUGGGCCCGGGAGGCGCGCCGGGGCAGCAGUGGUCCCUACCUUACAGUCUAGCUCCCGGACGUGAGGACUUGGACUCCAAGGGGCGAGCAGUUAUCAUCUAUGAUGUGGUCUUCCACCCAGACACACUGACAAUGGCGAAAAAGAACGUGAGGUUUCAGAAGAUGAUCGACCAAACUGCGCUGGAGGCCGUUCAGAAGCAAUUUGGAGUGAAGCUGGACGAGAAGAACGUCAAAAGGUUAAAAACAACUUACAAAGGGACCCCGCAUCCGACUGUCAUCCGCAAGACACUACCUGGUGGGCCAAAAGUGCAGCCGGACGAUAUGUUUAAGGUGCCGUGGCCCAGCGACGCGCAGUCGAGCGGUGUGAGAGGGGACGGGGCCAGCACCCCCAAAUACGUCAUCACUCACAGGUCAUUCGUGGACAUGCAGGACUACCGCUGCUCUCGGGACACCGGUCCCGGCACGCGUCCGAAGGAGCUGCAGGUCACCAUCGAGCUGCCCCUGCUCAACUGUGCCAGCCAGGCGGACCUGGAGGUGACCGAGAAACACCUGUCUCUUCGAUCCCAAAGUCCGGCUUACAGUCUGGAGCUCCCAUUGCCUUAUCCGGUGGAUGACACCAAGGGGUCGGCACGCUUCAUUAAGACAAAGAGGCAACUCGUGGUCACCCUGCCGGUACUCCCUUUGAAACCGGAGAUCUGCUUGGGACAGACUGAGAUCCAUGGGGAAAAAGAGAAAGGACUGGAGAGAACAACUAAAGAGGAAAGAUCUGAGUCGGGGGAAAGAGAAGGGGCUUUAUCUACUCCUGAGGCUGUUUUGCAGCAUUCCACACGUUAUGGAGAGAAGAUGAAACGAGGACUGGUGUCUGAGUGUGGUGGGAAUACGCCCACAGAAUGGAGCACACCACUUGAGGAUGGAGGACUCUGCUCUGAAGACGAAAAUCUGCAGGUACAAGUCACUGAGGAGAGGUCACAGCCAGGAAACGAAAAAGCUAUGAGUUCUCAUGAGCCAUCUAUAGAGGGAAGUGUUCAGCCCAGCGGGGGAGACAACCAGGAGGUUAAAAAGAGAUUUGUGUUGAAGGGUCCUCAUGAUACAACUGCAGAGCUGAAGACACAGCAUGAAGACAGAGGCUGUGCUGAGCUAGAACACUAUUCAGAGGUGGAACGUCUAUGGAAAGACAACGCUGAGGAAAUGUCACAAUUAGGAGAAGAGGAAGAGGCCAAGGAGCUCUGGGCUCAGGGAGACAUGCAGGAGCUGCAAACAAAACCUGUUUCUGAACAUACUCCUAAUACAUCUGUUGACUGGGAAACAAUGCCAGAAGAUAUCAACUCCACUGAAUUGGGACAAGCAGCAGAGGCAGUGUGUCUAAAGGUGGAAGCCAUGGAAGAGAGGUCACAGUCGGCUAAGGCAAAGGCACCAGUGGAGGAGAAGACGCAGCUAAAAUCACACGUUAAUCUAACAGUGCAAAAGGCCAUGGAAAGGACAUCUUUAGAAGAAGGAACAGAGGUUGCUGAAGGGAAACAGACAAGGCCAGAAGUAAGAGAUGCCAAGAUAUCGGAACAAAAAGUACAAGCUAAAUGUCUUCUAGGGGAGUCGACACAUAUAAUAGGAGACAGCGUCCAGAUGUCAUGUCAGAAAGCAUUAAGUCCUAAAGAAGUGAGGACUGCGACAGGGGAGGAAACCCCAAGGGGACCCGAACCUCAUUUUGUGGACAGGAGGACACAGCCAGGGAAAGGGGCUGUUGUGGACAGAGCCACCGACAAGGCCGUCAAGUGUCUGGAAAAGACGGUAGGAGCAGGACAUCUUCAAGGAGAGUUUGCUUCUGGACUGGCAGAAGAUUUACAGGUUGAUCCUCACAGCUCGUCCGCUCACGCUGGGAGACACGAUGCCCCAAUUCAAGGUGAACAGUCUAGCGUGUCCUCCUUUCCCCUCUGCGAUUCCCAAAGCGGUCCUGAUGAGCACUCUGGGCCUAGUGGUGUCGUUACAUCGGAUGUUGGCAAAGAAGAAGCCCAGGACCCCAACACGGUGUAUGAAAGAGGGCAUGACCUUGAAAUGGAGCAAAUGCCAGCCUUGGAGGGGGAGCAGCUGCCACAUCAGCUUUUUGUUCAGGAAGUUUCCAGCAAAGUUGAUGACCUCACUGAGAAGCAAAGCAGAACCUCCACCGGUGACACAAGCCCAGCUUAUCUGGAGUCACCACUACGGCCUGAAAAGGCAGAGGAGCAGAACCUCCAUGAGCUCGGUGUUGUACCACACAGCACAAAGCAGGAAAGGCAACCCACAACAGGAAUAGUUGCAGGAAAAGAUUAUCCUCUAGUAGCUCCUGUAAUCAGAGAGAUAAAUCCAGCAGAUGGGAAGGAGGACGUGAUCAGUGACCAUUCCACCCACUCUGCAGUUGACUUUCACAACUCACUUCUGUAUGAGUUGGAUUAAUUUAACUCUUGGAUGAGAAAAAAAAAUCAAAUCCUGCACGGGCAUUGCUUCCUUUAGACUGACAAGAAUGUCAGAGUCAUCAGGAGGAAAAGCUUUUAACUUUGAACUCCUCGUGUGUAGACACGGCAGCACAGCACAGAGAGGGGGCCUCACCCAUUGUCGUUUCUCACACUCUCUGCUUACAUUAUUGUAUUUUGAUUUUCUUUAUUGCUCUGUCAGUACCCACUCUGUGCCCGCUGCUGCCUGGCUCAGACAAUGGAUGGACGUACUUUACACACUGUUGAUGGGGUUGUGGGGAAGUAAUCUCAGGCUCUGGAAAUAAAAUGAUUGAAUGUU